CGUUGCGGCCGGCGGCUCCGCGCGGCCCGGCCAGAAGGGGGAGAGGUUCGGCGGAGUCCGGAAACGCUCGGCGAUGGCCGGAGGCGGCUGUUAAAGGAGAGGAGCGGCUGCCGACUACGGGGGAAAAAGGGCGCGAUGCUGGCGGACAGCCUCGUGGAGGAGUUCGAGAUCCGCGAGGAUGAGCCCUGGUACGACCAGCAGGACCUGCAGCAAGAUCUUCACCUUGCUGCUGAGCUUGGGAAGACACUACUGGACCGUAACACUGAACUAGAAGAAUCUUUACAGCAAAUGUAUGCAACAAAUCAAGAGCAAUUACAGGAAAUAGAGUACCUCACAAAGCAAGUGGAGCUUUUGCGUCAGAUGAAUGAUCAGCAUGCAAAAGUCUAUGAACAGCUGGAUGUGACAGCAAGAGAACUAGAAGACACUAAUCAAAAACUAGUUGCAGAGAGUAGAGCUUCACAACAAAAGAUACUAAGCUUGACAGAGACGAUUGAAAAUCUGCAAACACACAUAGAUGACCUGCAGCGACAAGUAGAAGAAUUGAAAAAGUCUGGAAGAGGCCGGAUGAGCCACGAGAGAUCUGACCAGCCAAGAUCAAUGCAUAGUUUCUCGUGUUUGAAGGAGCUGUAUGACCUUCGCCAGUAUUUUGUUUAUGAUCAUGUGUUUGCGGAAGAGAUUACUUCAAUGGAUAGUCAGCUAAGUCCUCUAGAAGAAGAAAACGAGAACUUAAAAAAAGCAGUUACAGUUCUGCAAGCCCAACUUAAUGUAGAAAAAGAGAAGAGGAUAACAAUGGAAGAGGAAUAUAGUCUUAUGGUAAAAGAAAACUGUGACCUUGAACAGAGGCUUGUUGAUGUAGACUUAUAUCGGGCUCGUGCAGAGGAGCUGGAAGUGGAGGUAGCUGAAAUGCGACAAAUGCUUCAGUCUGAAAACACAUUCCAUAAUGCAGAGAAGUUGGUGCCAGAAUCCUUUUUCAUUUCAUUCAAGGAGUCUUUAGAAAGGGAGCUUGGUCAGAGCCCGGCAGAUGAUGGACUUCUGACUGUGUCGGAGCUUGAAAAGAAGGCACUGAAACGGAGCAGCAGUGAAACUUUCCUAAGCAGCGCUGCAGGGGGAGACAUUCUAAGGGGCCACGAAGAAACGUGUAUUAGGAGAGCUGAAGCUGUGAAGCAGCGAGGGAUCUCUGUACUUAAUGAAGUUGAUGCUCAGUAUAAUGCUCUGAAAGUGAAGUAUGAGGAACUUUUGAAGAAGUGUCAGAUGGAUGAAGAUUCUUUGAAACACAAGGCUGUACAAACACUGAAGCAGUAUUCCAAAGACCUGAAUGUGGGGAAUACCCAGUAUGAGCUUUCAGCUAGCAAUCAGGAGUUCACAAAUGUGGAGCUAAGUGACUCUCCCACAAAUGCUCUUCCUGAAUAUAAAGCACUCUUUAAGGAAAUUUUCAGCUGUAUCAGAAAAACAAAGGAAGAAAUAGAUGAACACAGAGCUAAGUACAAGUCCCUUUCCUCUCAGCCGUAAUACUGGACAGGCUGAUGACCCAUUUUCUGUUGACUGAUCUGUUAGUCAAGAAAGGGGAAAGCUUGAUACAGAUGUCAGAAGACCUCCCCUGUAUUUCUUGAGCACUCAAAAUGAAUGUUUUGAAUUGGCUUGUAGACUGUAGUUAACAAGCUAGUUAGUUAACAGCUAGUCUCCCUAUGUAGCAAUAGAUUUAAUGUUGUUUAGCACUGUCACACAAACUAGCGGUUAUAAAGCAAACGUCACGAUCUCUCUGGUCAGAGCAGUAACUGACACUCGUUUCCUUAGUCCACUUCAAAGAUAAAAGUUCAGAAGUCCAUAGUGUAUUUCUCAGAAGGAACCGGACCAAAGCUUUCCUCUGGUUCACAGAGGUGGUCUGUCCCUGUAACUGCACCUGUGCAGAAAAUUAAACCCCAGCCCCUGCCCAGGCUGAGGGGCAGCCUCUCCUCGAGUGUUGAGAAUGAAGUCAGCAGUCUUGCUGAACUGGCUUUGGCAGGGGGUGGAGGGCUGGCACAGCAAUCUGCACUGUGCUUGGUUUAAGCUACUACCACAUUUUCACAUGCACUAAGUUCUCCCACCGAUUAAUAUAAAUGUCUUCCUACCAAGAAAGGAUUUAAUGUAAAGUUUGUGUGGCUUUUUAGGUAUGGUUUCUUAUGUAGGGCACUUUGUAAAGGCAAGAUACUGUGAAUUGGUGAUGUAUGUUAGUUGGGACCUGCUGUUCUCUGGUGGAAUGUCUACAGAGUACAUUUUUAUGUGUAUUUGGUAAGAUAGGAGGUUGCAGUUUAGCUAUUUAACUUUAGUAGUAGCGUUGACGUAGCAGAAUAGCUUUUAAUCUUGCAUACCACAAACUCCAAGUGCUUGAAGGAGAUGGGGCCAGGUAAAAUCCUAGCAUAUAGUUUUGUCUAUCGCUUCCAGUGUCAGCGUCUGGACCUGUUCCAUGCUGCCUGCGCGUGGGAGGACAGACAGAAUACAUCUUACUGAAAACAGGGGACUGCGCUCUUGUUCUUUCCACUCCCUGAUAACAACUCGUAGGUAUUCAAAUUCUGAAAAACAAAGAACACAGAGAAGUACGUUCCUUAAAACUGCUUUAAAAUGUGUGAAAAAAAAAGGCUGAGAUGAAGGGGGAGAAGGGACAAUGAAAGGUGGCAUCUUUUUCCUUAUAAAGGGCUUAAUUUGGUCAGCUGGUCUUGGGAACAGACUUGCUGCCCGUCUGAAUUGCUGCGAUUGUACCAAACAUUGACACAGAAUGUUGAGUUUGUCAGCUUUAGUGCAACUGCUGUUGCCAUUCUGCCUGCCUUAUGUUGUACCCCAUUACGCUCGUGCAUAGCUGUCCUUGCAGUAUUAAGACUUCAUCUUGUGGAAUUUUCUCUACAACGUACUGCUUUCCAAGAACUAUUUAAAAAUGGGAAUCUGAAUCUUGUAUAUUUCUAAGCAAAUACCUAAGGUGGUCAGGCUACAGGCGUAACCUGCAAUGAUGCCCAUCUGUGCCAGUCAGGAAACAGUACCCUCGGUGCAGAUGGGACCUGCAUAGCUUGGAUGGGGUUCCCAUUCCAUUUGUAUUUUAUAAAGGUUAUGCUAUGUGGGAGAGGACAGGCCUGCCUGGGAUAGAAAUCCAGAGGAACUAAGUAGCUUGUCCUCACUGUUGCAGUGUUUGUCAGGGGUGGGGGGAGGCAGAAAAACUGCUGUUCUGCCAUCAGGUUCACUGUAUUGUCACAGUAUUGUCACUGUUCCCCUAACACUUGGAUCUCCAUCACCCGGAGUUCUGCCCCUAUUCCGAUAUGGGAAAGCAGUGCCUGUAAAUGAGAAGGGCUUGACACAUGUCACAACUGCUUUACUGAUGAUACUCCUCACCACGUUAGGGGAAGGGGGAUCCGCACCUGCUGGACCAGAAGAUAUGUAAAAGCAAUUCAACAUUUUUGGUUUAACAGGUCAUCUCCAGUGGUUUCUGACUCUUGGCUAAUUCAGAGCACUUUCAUACAUACAAUUUUUGUGCUUUAAAAAUAUUAAAAUUUUCUAAGACUUCCACAGAACUACUUCCUUCUUUUCCAGUGUAACUUCCCCUCGGCGACCUGUGCCGUCGCUAAGCUCUGCCUGUACUGUACUUCAACACUUCGUUGUACACAUUGUGCAAUAAAAAACUCCAAGGCUGGGUUCUUUCCUAACUUCUCUGGGACUGUGGCAUUCCCAGAGGGAAGCUGUGCAGACGCAGCUAUAGGUGACGCUCCUGCAACAGCGCUGUACGAGGGACAUGUCAGCCGUGGGCACCUGCAACACAGCACGACAAAGGCUGCAAAAGCUGCCUGAACUUAAGACACCUCCCAGUUAUGCUCACGUAGUUAAUAAACUACAUUAGCAUACUAAUUAAAGUAGUUUUAGCAGCUUAAAAUUAGAUAUUUUCCACAGAAAUGUGAAAUGCAGUAAGUAUGGUAACAAUAUUCUUAGCCAAUCUUAUCUGGAUUAUCUACCUUAAUCUGCUUAUUGUAGUCAACGACUCAACUCAGCCUUUUCUGAGCAUAAGUAGCUGAAAUCAAUAGAAUCUCCUUGAGCUCCUCAUGUGAUGGAAAUUACAGCAAAGAACAUGACCAGUGAAGCGCCCCUGUUCUACAGCAGGAAGGUCCUUCUCGUGCUGCAGAUGGGCUACAGUGAUAACCUCAGAACACAAUGAUGAGUUGCUGUGCCUGUGCCCCAGCCCCUCGGCUCGACAGGCGCCUCCAGGAACCCCUAAGGAACACGGUGCAAG